AUGAGGAUCUUUAUCAAGGCCCGGGACCAGCCUCCUACUGCUAACAACCAGGCACCUCCGCCAGACCAGCCUCCUACUGCUAACAACAAGGCACCUCUCCCAGACCAGCCUCCUACUGCUAACAACCAGGCACCUCCGCCAGACCAGCCUCCUACUGCUAACAACCAGGCACCUCUCCCCCACCUCACCUCCCCCACACACUCCCAAAAUAACAACCAGCCUCCCACUGCUAACAACAAGGCACCUCCGCCAGACCAGCCUCCUACUGCUAACAACCAGGCACCUCCGCCAGACCAGCCUCCCACUGCUAACAACAAGGCACCUCCGCCAGACCAGCCUCCUACUGCUAACAACCAGGCACCUCCGCCAGACCAGCCUCCUACUGCUAACAACAAGCCUCCCACUGCUAACAACCAGGCACCUCCGCCAGACCAGCCUCCUACUGCUAACAACAAGGCACCUCUCCCAGACCAGCCUCCUACUGCUAACAACAAGGCACCUCUCCCAGACCAGCCUCCCACUGCUAACAACAAGGCACCUCUCCCAGACCAGCCUCCCACUGCUAACAACCAGGCACCUCCGCCAGACCAGCCUCCUACUGCUAACAACAAGACACCUCCGCCAGACCAGCCUCCUACUGCUAACAACAAGGCACCUCUCCCAGACCAACCUCCUACUGCUAACAACCAGACACCUCCGCCAGACCAGCCUCCUACUGCUAACAACCAGGCACCUCCGCCAGACCAGCCUCCCACUGCUAACAAGGCCCCUCCCCCAGACCAGCCUCCCACUGCUAACAACAAGGCACUUUACCCAGACCAGCCUAAUACUGCUAACAACCAGGCACCUCCCCCAGACCAGCCUCCUACUGCUAACAACGAGGCACCUCCCCCAGACCAGCCUUCUACUGCUAACAAGACACCUCUCCCAGCUAACAACCAGGCACCUUCGGCAGACCAGUCUCACACUGCUAACAACCAGGCACCUCCCCCAGACCAGCCUCCCACUGCUAAUAAGCCUCCCACUGCUAACAAGGCCCCUCCCCCAGACCAGCCUCCCACUGCUAACAAGGCCCCUCCCCCAGACCGGCCUUCCACUGCUAACAACCAGGCCCCUCCCCCAGACCAGCCUUCCACUGCUAACAACCAGGCCCCUCCCCCAGACCAGCCUCCCACGGCUAACAACCAGCCUCCCACUGCUAACAACCAGGCACCUCCGCCAGACCAGCCUCCUACUGCUAACAACAAGGCACCUCUCCCAGACCAGCCUCCUACUGCUAACAACAAGGCACCUCUCCCAGACCAGCCUCCCACUGCUAACAACAAGGCACCUCUCCCAGACCAGCCUCCCACUGCUAACAACCAGGCACCUCCGCCAGACCAGCCUCCUACUGCUAACAACAAGACACCUCCGCCAGACCAGCCUCCUACUGCUAACAACAAGGCACCUCUCCCAGACCAACCUCCUACUGCUAACAACCAGACACCUCCGCCAGACCAGCCUCCUACUGCUAACAACCAGGCACCUCCGCCAGACCAGCCUCCCACUGCUAACAAGGCCCCUCCCCCAGACCAGCCUCCCACUGCUAACAACAAGGCACUUUACCCAGACCAACCUAAUACUGCUAACAACCAGGCACCUCCCCCAGACCAGCCUCCUACUGCUAACAACGAGGCACCUCCCCCAGACCAGCCUUCUACUGCUAACAAGACACCUCUCCCAGCUAACAACCAGGCACCUUCGGCAGACCAGUCUCACACUGCUAACAACCAGGCACCUCCCCCAGACCAGCCUCCCACUGCUAAUAAGCCUCCCACUGCUAACAAGGCCCCUCCCCCAGACCAGCCUCCCACUGCUAACAAGGCCCCUCCCCCAGACCGGCCUUCCACUGCUAACAACCAGGCCCCUCCCCCAGACCAGCCUUCCACUGCUAACAACCAGGCCCCUCCCCCAGACCAGCCUCCCACGGCUAACAACCAGCCUCCCACUGCUAACAACCAGGCACCUCCGCCAGACCAGCCUCCUACUGCUAACAACAAGGCACCUCUCCCAGACCAGCCUCCUACUGCUAACAACAAGGCACCUCUCCCAGACCAGCCUCCCACUGCUAACAACAAGGCACCUCUCCCAGACCAGCCUCCCACUGCUAACAACCAGGCACCUCCGCCAGACCAGCCUCCUACUGCUAACAACAAGACACCUCCGCCAGACCAGCCUCCUACUGCUAACAACAAGGCACCUCUCCCAGACCAACCUCCUACUGCUAACAACCAGACACCUCCGCCAGACCAGCCUCCUACUGCUAACAACCAGGCACCUCCGCCAGACCAGCCUCCCACUGCUAACAAGGCCCCUCCCCCAGACCAGCCUCCCACUGCUAACAACAAGGCACUUUACCCAGACCAACCUAAUACUGCUAACAACCAGGCACCUCCCCCAGACCAGCCUCCUACUGCUAACAACGAGGCACCUCCCCCAGACCAGCCUUCUACUGCUAACAAGACACCUCUCCCAGCUAACAACCAGGCACCUUCGGCAGACCAGUCUCACACUGCUAACAACCAGGCACCUCCCCCAGACCAGCCUCCCACUGCUAAUAAGCCUCCCACUGCUAACAAGGCCCCUCCCCCAGACCAGCCUCCCACUGCUAACAAGGCCCCUCCCCCAGACCGGCCUUCCACUGCUAACAACCAGGCCCCUCCCCCAGACCAGCCUUCCACUGCUAACAACCAGGCCCCUCCCCCAGACCAGCCUCCCACGGCUAACAACCAGGCACCUCCGCCAGACCAGCCUCCUACUGCUAACAACAAGGCACCUCUCCCAGACCAGCCUCCUACUGCUAACAACAAGGCACCUCUCCCAGACCAACCUCCCACUGCUAACAACAAGGCACCUCUCCCAGACCAGCCUCCCACUGCUAACAACCAGGCACCUCCGCCAGACCAGCCUCCUACUGCUAACAACAAGACACCUCCGCCAGACCAGCCUCCUACUGCUAACAACAAGGCACCUCUCCCAGACCAACCUCCUACUGCUAACAACCAGACACCUCCGCCAGACCAGCCUCCUACUGCUAACAACCAGGCACCUCCGCCAGACCAGCCUCCCACUGCUAACAAGGCCCCUCCCCCAGACCAGCCUCCCACUGCUAACAACAAGGCACUUUACCCAGACCAACCUAAUACUGCUAACAACCAGGCACCUCCCCCAGACCAGCCUCCUACUGCUAACAACGAGGCACCUCCCCCAGACCAGCCUUCUACUGCUAACAAGACACCUCUCCCAGCUAACAACCAGGCACCUUCGGCAGACCAGUCUCACACUGCUAACAACCAGGCACCUCCCCCAGACCAGCCUCCCACUGCUAAUAAGCCUCCCACUGCUAACAAGGCCCCUCCCCCAGACCAGCCUCCCACUGCUAACAAGGCCCCUCCCCCAGACCGGCCUUCCACUGCUAACAACCAGGCCCCUCCCCCAGACCAGCCUCCCACGGCUAACAACCAGGCACCUGCCCCUGACCAGCCUCCCCCUUCAGUGUGUGAGUGA